UGGAAACGUCAUUACCAAGCAACGCUCUGGGGCACUGGGGCUUCAGGUACGUGGUUUGAUCUAUAAAUUUCGCAGAGUUAUAUGGUUCUUGAGGGGUAGUGAAGAACUUACUACUACAGCUCGCCAAACCUCUUGCUCGUCUUGGUUUUGAAACUCGACGAUAAGCUCAUUAGAUUGCCGUCUUCGCGUGUAGGCAAGACACGAUGCUUGUGCUUACAGGAACCACGGGACAUUUGGGGUCCCGAGUUCUCGAUGCCCUGCUACGCCAGAAGCUGAUUCCACCAUCUCAGCUGAUCAUCUCAUCGAGCCACCCGAGCAACGUGUCGCCUGCAGCCCGUGAUGCUGGCAUCGAAGUUCGGCAAGGCGAUUUCACGUCUCCUGACUCGUUAGCCGCCUCGUUUAAAGGUGCCGAUGCUCUGUUCCUUGUCUCGUUUCCCUCGCCCAGCGUCGAUAGGUGGCUUCACCAUAAAGCCGCCAUUGAUGCGGCCAAAGAGGCUGGGGUGAAGACUGUAAUUUAUACAAGCUUGAUGUUUGGCGGUCAGACUGGCCUAGACAGCACAGCAGGCGUUCAACAAGCGCAUGUCAAGACGAUUGAAUACCUGACACAAAGUGGGUUGCGGUAUGUGAUUGUGAGAGAGGGCAUUUAUGCAGAAAGCUGGUGGCUAUACGCCGGGUUCCAACCACAGAAAUUCAAAAAGGGCGACACUGGAGAAAUCAAAUUCGUCAUUCCCAACGACGGUCCUGUGUCUUGGGUUACAUGGGACGACCUCGGCGAAGCGACCGCCAAAAUUCUCCAAAGUUACGAGAAGUAUCUCGGUCAGACAUUGAACCUGACUGGUCCACGAACCACCAGCAUCAGCGAUGUUGCCAGGUUGGUCGAGGAGUACACUGGGCGGAAAGUCAAAGUCGACAUUGUGGGCAGACAGGAAGCCGAACGGUACCAUAAGUUCGAGAAGAAGAGUGUGCCCGAAGACAACUUCUGGGUUGUUGAGAGCUGGAGUGGCUGGCAUGAUGGAAUUGCCAAUGGGGAGACUGCUACAGUCGAUCCUUUGAUAGGUGAAAUCUUGGGAAGGGCGCCCAGAGGCAUUGAAGAGAUGGCAGCACGUCUGUUCACUCCUGAAUGAGCUCAUGUGUCGGAGGUGACGGUGUCGGAGGACAUAUUGGUCGUAGAAAGAUAUGGCAGAAUGACACUGGAGAGCCAGUUCCCCGGCAAGACGACUGGGACUCUUUAUUCAACUGAUUCAAUGUUGUCC